AUGAUCCAGGAUGAACUUUCUCCAACACCGUCUCCUUCUACUCAAGUUGUCGCUGCUCCUCAAGCUGAAUCGGUUCCCCCUCACCAUCACCUAUUACUACUAUUGUUCUUUAUCAAGCCUGAGAUGACUGAAAUGAGUAGAGCUAAAGCUGAUACUCUAGAGCCAAUUGUUGUUGCUAAUAUUCCUGAUGUUGAUGCUGCAACUAAUCAGCCUAUUCCAGACACUGGUGACCAAUCAGAAACUGAUGACUAUGAAGGGUUUCUAGAUCUUGGUUUCAUGCAACAAGCUGCUAUUUUUUCCGUUCCAUUGAGCGUUAAUAAGAUUUUCAACAACAAUGUUGAAAGACAACAUAUUGUUUUAAAUCUAUAUGAACGGAUUGAUAGAAAAAAGUUUGGAGACGUUCUGACUCGAAGAACAAAGCCUAAUCCCAUCAUCAGAGUAAGAUGCACUAAACCAAAUAACGAGUCACUAAAACUUCACUUGGUAAGAAAGAAAAUUACGUAUGGAUAUACUAAAGUUGUGUUUGUUCAUGAGCUAGUCAAAUUCAGCUAUAGUGAGUGGAUGCAGAUUCUUGAAAUCAUCAACAAGCAUAAAAGUGUUCAUGCUCAAGAAAGGAAGCUGGAAAUCCAACUUCUCAAUAAAGUAAAGAAACUGAACCUGAUGUGCUUUCAAUGCACUGAUGACCUUCCUUUUGCUCCCACUAAGGACUUGUUUCAUCUUCGAUUGGAAGGACUAGGUCACUAUGAUCUAGAAAGAGGAUAUUAUGUUCUGAUAUCACUGGAGCUGAAUAGAAGACUGGAUAAGCUAAAACUUGAUCAAUUCAGAUGUUUAAAGCCUGAAAUCUUGAAGGAAGUUGACAAGUUCUACAAUGGCUCUUCUGAUGACUCUAAAGAAGAAGAUUAG